GGUCGGCUUGCAUCUGUGGAAUUUGAGUCAAAUAGUAGGACGUGCACGUUCACUUUCGCAUACCUGUAUGGACUGGGAUAAUUGCAAAUCAUUUGCCGAGGACCAAGGCCUGGAGCUUCUUGGCUAUCGCAAAAACGGGCAUGCCAUUUACGGCGAACGAACGUGCAAACAUUACUUGUGUACUGACCACGGACCUGGCAAGCCAGUACCGCCUUACGUCCUGAAGCAUUUGCGGGGUGUGGCCUCGCAAAUUGUGACGUGCAAAGCCACAGGGCCCUGCUCCCGCCAGAACCAGGCCCAGCAGCAGCAGCAGCAGUAGCGGGUCGUUCGCAGGCCCGCUUGGGCCGUUCGGACGCUUGGCUUCGUCAGCAGCCCACUCGGGCCGUUUGGGCGCUUCGCUUCGUCAGCAGACAGGAAUGAAGGUGUCCUUUGUCGGCGUGCACUUCGUGUUCGGGCCCGAGUGGAACGAGAUUUGGGUGCCCGACGUCGGCGGGGCGUGCGUCAUGGCGUCCAGCAUUGAUGAGGCCAUGGCGGAUAUCACAUCUCAACUGGAGGCGUGUCUGGAGGAUUACACCGACACCGGCAGGGAUAUCCCCCCCGCAUCCGACGAGGCGAAGGCCAUGGUCAAGGCCGCGGACAUGCUCAAGGACUUCCAGGUCGAGAUGCCGGGAGCAUACCCCCAGCCCACGGCCCAGCACGUGGUGGUCGUCACGUGCGAGCUAAUGGACGGCCGCGACAGCGCCAACGUGCCGAGCUCCUACGUGCCGAGCGGCCCCGACAAGGGCAAGCACCAGCCCAUUUACGCCAAGUGAUGCGGGUGGCAGGAAUGCCUGGGGCCUGGCGACAACUGUGCGGACCUACGGAGCCCAGGAGCCACGUGGAGGUGGAGAGCAUGGAGCUGCGCCAGAAGCGGCGGCGGCGCGUCGGCCUAGUAGCUGCUUGCCGGCGUCCUAGCUGUCGGUCUGCGGGCGAGCCAAGCAUGCGAUGGGAAGCAGCAUGACUGCAGGAGUAGUGAGUAGUGAGGCUGCUCUGACAUGUUAUGUUUUGGUUCCUGGACUGACUGAAUGGACACGCGGCGUGUAGUGCCUGCUCAAACCCACCCCGGCUACGUCUAGGAGAUGAAGUUUGAUAACCUGUAGCUCAGACGGUAGACAUGAUGGGGCGCAGCCCGCUUUUCCCACAAGGGACUUCACAUGAUGUUGUGCAGUUACGGACAGUACAAUGUGGGCACCAUAGUUUUGAGUGCUAGAAUAACAGUUGUUUGCUUAACCUCUGCAGGAUGAGAUACAUUACAGCAUGGGCGGCAUCGUGUGUUGGGAUUGUGUGCUGCCAUCAUGUGUUGGGAUUGUGUGAUGCACCACCACCCUAGUGAACGAGUUUCGGCGGAAUUUCCAUCGAAUUUCCGCCAGUUUUCCGCCGAUGUCCCCUGCGCCCCGCCCGCGCGUCCCCCCAUGGGACUCUUGUGCACUCCAGCGA